AUGGGCUUUCCACUGGACUUUUACAUCGAGACCUGGACUAAUAGUAUUUUCAUCACUCUAAUCACAGUAUAUGGAUAUGCACCAUAUGGAUUUUUCAAGAAACUAGGCAUCUCUGGUUUCAAACCCAUGCCCUUUAUUGGGACAUUUUUGGAGUACAGAAAGGGCAUCCACAAUGUUGACACAGAAAGCUUGAAGAAUAUUCCCGACUAUAAAUGUGUUGUAGGAUGGCAGACAGCUUUACUGGCAACAAUGGACACAGCUAUGAUCAAAACAAUCCUGGUAAAGGAGUGUUAUUCUAUCUUCACCAACAGACGGGUAAAGAAAAAAUACAUUGUCGGGGAAAUGCCCACCUGGUCCAUUAUUCCGGUAUGUAAAUAUUUAAUGUUUUUGUUAUUUACUUUUGGGCAGAUGUACUCCAUAAUGUUGAGGCACUCAAGUAAUCUGAUAAAGAGCCUUCACAAGAAAGUAGAGGAGGAUGAAGUCAUAGAUGUUAAAGAGUGGUUUGGACCCUACAGUCUAGAUGUUGUGACCAGCACUGCCUUCAGUGUGGACAUUGAUUCCAUCAACCAUCCAUCUGAUCCUUUUGUGGCAAACAUUAAGAGAAUGGUCAAGUUCAACUUCCUGAAUCCCCCCGCUUGUGCUUUUUGGUUUCCAUUCUUGAGCCCAAUUCUUGAGAAGAUGGAUGUGUCAUUCUUGCCUGCUGAGGUGAUGAAAUUCUUCUACAGCUCUCUAGAGACGAUCAAAUCCGACCGGAAUAAGAAUGAACACAAGAACCGAGUAGGCUUCAUGCUGUUGAUGGUGGACUCUCAGAGGUCGAAGACCAGCAAAGAGGAUACAAACUCCCACAAAGGUUCAGCAAAGAGAACAAAGACAGCAUGGAUCCUUAUUCCUACCUGCCGUUUGGAGCUGGGCCAAGGAACUGCAUCGGCAUGCGAUUUGCUCUCUUAAUGAUGACGUUGGAUACA